CUCUGACUCUGCUUCCUUUAUUUUUGUCCUCUAACUUAACCUAUCUUCUAAUCCGCCAAUAUGGCUCACCCACAAGAAGUCCACGACGCUGAGAAAGCGCCUCACACCGAGGAUCCCACCCCAGAGAAAGACAUCCAAGCAGGCACAGUAACAGACCUCGACCAAGGCGAAGUCUUCCUGCGCCAACACGGCUUCACAAACGAGGAUCUCAGCCAAUUCCUGUCAGACGAGACUCGAAACAAAGCCCUGGUCCGCAAGGUCGACCUCUGCCUCCUCCCCCUGCUCGCGGGGACAUACAUGCUGCAAUACAUCGACAAAUCGGCCCUCGCCUACUCGGCCGUCUUCGACCUGCUCCCGUCAACGAACAUGACAAGCGAGCAGUACAGCUGGCUGGCGAGUAUCUUCUAUUUUGCAUACUUAGUGGCAGAGUAUCCGUGGACGUUCCUGGCGCAGAAGACGCGGAUGGCCAAGGUUGUUUCGGGGAAUAUUAUUGCGUGGGGCGCCAUGUUGAUGAUUACUGCUGCGUCGAGCAAUUUUACGGGGAUGGCGAUUUGUCGGUUCCUGCUGGGGGUGUUUGAGGCGCCCAUUACGAAUUGUUUCAUGAUGAUUGUGGGCAUGUGGUAUACGCGGGCUGAGCAGCCGUUUCGUGCGGGAGUGUUUUAUUCGUGUAAUGGGUUGGGGGCGAUGGUUGGCGGCCUGUUAACAUUUGGCAUCGGGCAAAUCAACACCAUCGCCGUCUGGCGAGCCAUCUUCCUCAUCCUCGGCGGCAUCACCGUACUCUGGGGAAUCGUCAUGCUCGUCUUCCUCCCGGACGAUAUCCUCUCCGCCAAACGAUUCACUCUCGAAGACAAGGCCCUCCUCGUCGGACGCGGCCGGCUCGCUCGAACGGGUAUCCUCAACCACCAGAUCAAGUGGUACCAGAUCCGGGAGGCGUUCGUUGACCCGCAAGUCUGGAUCCUGUUCCUCUUCAUGCUGCUCAACGAGACGAUCAACGGUGGUAUCGCUAGUUUCAGCAAGCUUAUCAUCAAAGGUCUCACAGGCGAUCCUCUCACGACUGUUGCGCUGGGCAUCCCCUUUGGUGCGUUCCAGCUGGUCUGGGUACUUUCGGGGACAUUCAUCGCGUCGCGGAUUCCAAACUGUCGUACGAUUGUCAUGUUCGCGUAUCUCAUCCCAACUAUCAUCGGCAUCUGCAUCAUGUGGAAGCUUUCCCACGAGACGCAGAAAGUCGGCGUCCUGUUCGGUUACUACAUCGUCGGAGCGUACGUCUGCUCGCUGGUUCUGGCGCUGCAGAUGCCAGCCACGAAUCUUGGUGGGUACACGAAGCGUGUCACUAGUGUUGCGCUCGUGUUCCUGGCAUACUGUGCUGGUAACAUUAUCGGACCACAUGCAUUUUUGGCGGAGGAGGCACCCAUCUACCAGACGGGGUGCAAGGUCAUCUUGUCCUGCUCAUCCGCACAAGCUGCUUUGGCCGUAUGCCUGCGGCUUCUGUUGAUCCGUCGAAACAAGCAGAGAGAUGCGGCAGCUGCAGCUAAUCCAUCGACAGUGGAAGGUGAAGAGUUGGGAGACCUGACAGAUUUUGAGAACCCCCGCUUCCGAUAUGUACUUUGA